UGCACGAGGCGCAGUAACACAGCUCACGUGUAACGUACUCAGCGUUACUUAAGGUGUCUGGGUAUCGAAACAACACAACAAAGCCUGUUUCGUCCGUCAGUUUAUUGGUGCUGUUUCAUACUUGUUUCUUUGGCUAUUUUUCUGUAUGAUAUCGAUGUGAUUAUCUUUCAGCCACUCGCGAGUAAGGACGAUGUGGAUUAUUUAUGUGAUGAAGCAAAAGGUCUAUUGGGUUUAUUUAAAUCUGGGAUUUACUAAACUGAGGACGCAAAAGGAUAUGAAGUCUCUUCACAAACUCAAAAUUAAAAAGAAUUGACUAAGUCCUUGAGUUCACCCAGUUCUGAUAGAUACAUGACUCAAAUUAGGGGAAAAUGCGGCUGAGCACUGUGCUGUCCACAAUAUCUCUUCAUAUAUCGAGGUCACAGAAACAGGUGAACUCCAUUUCAUGUGCCCAAUGGAGAGGGUAAUUGUACAGUAUAAAGGGAUACACAUGGUAAUUAUGAGCAGUCCAGUUUCUUCAGCCGAAAGUGCAAGCUCAAAUAGUGGAUCAACUCUAAAACCUUAUCUGCGGAGGAAAAAAUCUUCACUUGGUGAAACAAAAAUUGCAAUUUUAGGCAUGGCUGGCGUUGGAAAAAGUGAAAACAAAUAUAAGUGUGUCAUAAUGCUGGAGGGCGAAUCUGUAACUUUUGAGCUGCUGGAUACAAGAUCCAAUGAUGAAGAUAUGGGAGCUCGAGAAGACGUUGUACGUUGGUCUGAUGGGUUUGUCUUAGUCUACUCGGUGACCUCCAGACAGACAUUCGAAGUUCUUUCAGAGGUUCGACGUAAGCUGGAGGAUAUGAAAAAAGUCAGCCACGUUCCUGUAAUUCUUGUAGGAAAUAAAGCAGACUUGGCUCACAUCAGACAAGUUUCACAAGACGAAGGCGCGAGAUUGGCUGCAGACUUAUGCUGCUCUUUUAUGGAAGUUUCCGCAUCUGAAGAUGUUACCAAGGUAACAGACGCUUUUCAUAUACUCUGCAGAGAAAUUAUUGAAUAUAAAAGAAGAUCAAGAACUUUCUUAGACAGAGUCUUCGGUCUAAAAAAAUCAUAAACAUUAUGGAUAAUAACUCACCAAGUUUUGAUUUGGAUACUUUACAGUUGCAGCUUUACAAGGUUGAAGAUUAAUGUGAUUUGUAUACACAGAAUAUUUUUUUUAAAAUCCUGCAAAUAUUGGCCUGUACGCAGAGGCGGCAUUUCGGGUGGUGACUGGGGAAACCGCCCUAGGCCCCAUGCUUUAAUGGGCCUAGCUCUUCGGCAUUGAGAUCGUCUUUAUUUGUUUGUAAACUUAAAUAACCUUUGCUGCAUUAAAUUUAAAAUCCUAGGUG